CCUAUGAGAAUAUCCCAGGUCAGUCAAAGAUCACAUUACUCUUACAAGCCAUCAGAAAUACAACAGCUGCUGAGGAGGCUAGACAGAUGGCUGCCGUUCUCCUAAGACGUCUUUUGUCCUCUGCGUUUGAUGAAGUCUAUCCAACUCUUCCUUCCGACGUUCAGACUGCCAUCAGGAGUGAACUGCUAAUGAUUAUUCAGAUGGAAACACAAUCUAGCAUGAGGAAAAAAAUUUGUGACAUCGCUGCAGAGCUUGCCAGGAAUUUAAUAGAUGAAGAUGGUAACAACCAGUGGCCUGAAGGCUUGAAGUUCCUUUUCGAUUCAGUUAGCUCACAAAACAUGGGCCUGCGGGAAGCUGCUCUUCACAUCUUCUGGAACUUUCCUGGAAUUUUUGGAAACCAACAGCAGCACUAUUUAGACGUCAUCAAACGGAUGUUAGUUCAGUGUAUGCAAGAUCAGGAACAUCCAUCGAUCAGGACGUUAUCCGCUAGAGCUACAGCUGCGUUUAUACUUGCCAAUGAGCAUAAUGUCGCUCUGUUCAAACAUUUUGCAGACUUAUUACCCGGAUUCUUACAGGCUGUAAAUGACUCAUGCUACCAGAAUGACGAUUCAGUCCUGAAGUCCCUUGUUGAGAUCGCAGAUACUGUUCCCAAGUAUUUGCGGCCUCAUUUAGAAGCUACUUUACAACUAAGUCUAAAGUUAUGUGCAGACACUAACCUCAAUAAUAUGCAGCGUCAGCUUGCCCUUGAAGUGAUCGUGACCCUAUCUGAGACAGCAGCCGCUAUGUUAAGAAAACAUACCAAUAUUGUUGCACAGACUAUUCCUCAGAUGUUAGCAAUGAUGGUUGAUCUGGAGGAGGAUGAGGACUGGGCAAAUGCUGAUGAGCUAGAAGAUGAUGAUUUUGACAGCAAUGCAGUUGCUGGCGAGAGUGCUCUAGACCGAAUGGCCUGUGGACUUGGUGGGAAGCUCGUCCUGCCAAUGAUCAAGGAGCACAUUAUGCAGAUGCUGCAGAACCCUGACUGGAAGUACCGGCAUGCAGGAUUGAUGGCCUUAUCCGCCAUUGGUGAAGGAUGCCACCAGCAAAUGGAAGGAAUUCUAAAUGAGAUAGUAAAUUUUGUUUUGCUUUUUCUUCAGGAUCCACAUCCGAGAGUAAGGUAUGCAGCCUGUAAUGCUGUGGGACAGAUGGCUACAGAUUUUGCACCUGGUUUCCAAAAGAAAUUCCAUGAAAAGGUGAUUGCAGCCCUGCUGCAGACCAUGGACGACCAAGGCAAUCAGCGAGUGCAGGCCCAUGCCGCAGCUGCCCUCAUUAACUUUACGGAAGACUGCCCCAAGUCGCUCCUCAUCCCAUAUCUAGAUAACUUGGUGAAGCAUCUGCAUUCCAUCAUGGUGCUUAAACUUCAGGAGUUGAUUCAGAAAGGCACCAAGUUAGUUUUGGAACAAGUUGUGACAUCCAUUGCAUCGGUUGCAGACACUGCAGAAGAAAAGUUUGUCCCCUACUACGACCUGUUUAUGCCAUCCCUAAAACAUAUUGUUGAGAACGCGGUUCAGAAGGAACUCAGACUUCUGAGAGGAAAAACUAUCGAAUGCAUCAGCCUCAUUGGUCUGGCUGUUGGGAAGGAAAAAUUCAUGCAAGAUGCAUCAGAUGUGAUGCAGUUAUUGCUGAAGACACAGACAGACUUCAGUGAUAUGGAAGAUGAUGAUCCUCAGAUCUCUUAUAUGAUCUCAGCAUGGGCUAGAAUGUGCAAAAUCCUUGGAAAAGAAUUUCAGCAAUACCUUCCAGUGGUGAUGGGGCCUUUGAUGAAGACAGCGUCCAUUAAACCUGAAGUAGCUCUUUUAGACACCCAAGACAUGGAGAAUAUGAGUGAUGAUGAUGGUUGGGAGUUUGUGAAUCUUGGAGAUCAGCAGAGUUUUGGUAUUAAAACUGCAGGACUGGAAGAAAAAUCCACUGCUUGCCAGAUGUUGGUUUGCUACGCUAAGGAGUUAAAGGAAGGCUUUGUGGAGUAUACGGAACAAGUUGUCAAACUGAUGGUCCCUUUACUGAAAUUUUAUUUCCAUGAUGGUGUUCGAGUGGCAGCCGCAGAAUCCAUGCCCCUUCUCCUGGAGUGUGCGAGAGUCCGCGGGCCCGAGUACCUCACGCAGAUGUGGCAUUUUAUGUGUGACGCGCUCAUCAAGGCCAUCGGCACAGAGCCAGACUCCGAUGUUCUCUCAGAAAUAAUGCACUCUUUUGCGAAGUGUAUUGAAGUCAUGGGAGAUGGAUGCCUUAACAAUGAACACUUUGAAGAACUAGGAGGAAUAUUGAAAGCAAAACUUGAAGAGCAUUUUAAAAAUCAAGAAUUGCGGCAAGUUAAAAGACAAGAUGAAGACUAUGAUGAACAGGUUGAAGAGUCACUACAAGAUGAGGAUGAUAAUGAUGUUUAUAUUCUGACCAAAGUGUCAGACAUCUUACACUCAAUAUUUAGUAGCUACAAGGAAAAGGUGUUACCAUGGUUUGAACAGCUGCUUCCAUUAAUUGUCAACCUGAUUUGUCCACAUAGACCGUGGCCAGACAGACAGUGGGGGUUGUGCAUCUUUGACGAUGUCAUAGAACACUGCAGCCCAGCCUCAUUUAAAUAUGCAGAGUAUUUCUUAAGGCCCAUGCUCCAGUAUGUAUGUGACAACAGCCCAGAAGUCAGGCAAGCUGCCGCAUACGGCCUGGGAGUCAUGGCGCAGUACGGCGGAGAUAAUUAUCGUCCUUUCUGUACAGAAGCGCUUCCGCUGCUGGUGAGAGUUAUUCAGGCUGCGGAUUCUAGGACCAAAGAAAACGUCAAUGCCACAGAGAACUGCAUCUCAGCGGUAGGGAAGAUGAUGAAGUUCAAACCUGACUGUGUGAAUGUUGAUGAAGUCCUGCCACACUGGCUAUCCUGGCUUCCACUUCAUGAAGAUAAAGAGGAAGCUGUUCAGACUUUCGGUUAUCUCUGUGACCUAAUUGAAAGUAAUCACCCAGUCGUUCUUGGCCCAAACAAUACCAAUUUGCCCAAAAUAUUCAAAAUAAUUGCAGACGGAGAAAUGCAUGAGGCCAUUAAACACGAAGAUCCUUGUGCCAGGCGUCUGGCUAACGUAGUUCGCCAGGUACAGACUUCUGGAGGACUGUGGACUGAAUGCAUAGGACAGCUCAGUCCGGAGCAGCAAGGGGCCAUACAGGGGCUCCUCAGUUCUGCGUGAAGGGCCUGACAUCACCCACCAGAAAACUAACUCCCAAUAAACGUUUACCCUUUUGUUUAGGUUUCUUUGUUUUGUGUUUAAGCAAAAGAGAGUGAUAGUGUGUGUAGGCCAUUCUGCAGAGCCCCAGCGGCAGGAAGAGAGAAGCACUGUUCCCAAUGGUGUUUAAAUGGAUUUCUGUCAUACCACUGAGGAAAUUCCCUGCAAACCAGCCCUCCGGUAGCACUGAAGAGUAUUUUUCUAUUGGUAUAACCCACCUGUGUAAAGGUGAAAGGGAAAUAAAAUUAAUUUUCUCAUCAGACAUAAGAUUUAAGAAAAAACACAGCUUUCAGAUCAGUUACUCAGCAUAGAUUUGCGUUAAAACGAAUUGCUAUACACCUAGUGUGAAUUCUGUUAAUUGGAGUGUGAGUCUUUUGGUAGGGUGGAAAGAAGCCUUCUGCCCUACAAACCAGUAGAUCCAAAAGUUGAAAGGAAAAAAACCAAAACUGAAGAUAAGACAACAAGCAUGAAGAUCUCCUAUUUGAUGUCACUUUCGGUUCUUUUUCCCAAAAGGCUUAUGCAGUGACUCGAUUUGGAAAGCUUUUCCGCUUCCAGCCCUUGAAUGUGAAGUGUCGUUGGCAUGUCUGGCAGUAGUCCUUCAGCUCACUCCUCAAUAAACAACCUUGAAAUACAAAAGAGGCUUGUGUAAAAAUUCA